CCGCGGGGCGCCGCCGCCCGUCCGCCCCGUGUGAGCGGGCCCCCGUGGGGGACAGCGCGGGGCUCAGCGCCUCGCCCCGCCGACCUCGCAGCUGCAGUCCCGCCCGCCCGCCCCAGCUCCUAGUUCCUCCCUCGCUGCCCCGGGCCAGAACGACCUUGUUUUGCUUUUCGGGCUCGGGAGAGAGUAAGAAGACCUCUGUAGAGUGGCAGACGACAAUCUGUUUCCUUCCUAAGCACAGGAGUAUUGUCAAUGUCAGCCAGCCAGCACAUGUGGCUGGUGGCUGUCAUUACUGGAAGGUGGAGGGAGCUAUGACACAAAUUUAAUUGAAGGUUCUAUUACUACUGGAUUUUCAAGAAUUUUUAAUACAUUUUUUUUUCUUUGAAUUAUGAUUUAAAUAUCAAAAAUGUUUAAAUUUUUUUAAAAAAGGGAAACAUUUUAGUUUUGGAAAUCAGAAUGCCAAGGAAAAGGAAAAAUCUUGGGGGAAAUCCUUUGCGGAAGACUGCAAACUCUAAGAAAAUUGUAUCCCGUGUUGCUAGUCAUGAGGAGCCAACUACUACCCUUCCUUCCGUGUGUGAGACAAAACUUGAUCAGGAAGAACUCUUCACCAGUAUCUCAGAGAUGUUUUCUGCUCUGGAUCCUGAUGUAGUUUAUUUGAUGCUUUCUGAAUGUGAUUUUAAAGUUGAAAAUGCCAUGGAUUGUCUGUUAGAAUUAUCUGCCACUGAUGCCAAGAUGGAAGAAUUGUCUGCACAAACUUGUGUUGAUCGUGAGAGCAAGCCAGGUGCAUCAGGAAGCACAGUAAUGGAGACGUGCCGUCCUGAAGCGGAGAGCGAAGAUUCAAAACUGGAUUUUUUGGAUAUGCAGCUAACUGAAGACUUGGAUUCCUUAAUACAGAAUGCUUUUGAGAAAUUAAACUCUCCUCCUGAUGACCAAGAAUACCCAUUCUCGCCUCAGCAAGCUGCUACCGGUUUUAAUGACCCUUCUACCUUUGUGAAUUCAGAUUCAAGUGCUAUGACUUCUCUUCUUUCUGUACAAAAUGCGAGCUCAAACAGCGAAAUUCUCAAGAGUUCUGCUUCUUUACUAGGUUCAAACCCACUGACUUCACAUUCAGUUCCGCAUGAGCCUGAGAGUUGCAUGCAGAGUGGCACAUUGGCGUUGGAGGGGGGCUGCCGAGAAGAUGCUCCUCUCAGUAGCUCUGGAAAGCCAACAAAUGACUCUGUUAUGGGUUGUGGUAAUUUCAGUCAAAGACAAAAAGAUCAUUUAGAAUCCGAGUGUCCUAGAGCACAGCAUUCUCAAACCCUUGCAGAUUUGGGCAACAGUGAACCUCGGGUUCCUUCAAAUCGCCCUCUGCAUGAUUCAGGGUCUGAUUUACCAGGUACAGAUGGGGAUCAAAAGUCUGCUUCUGCGCCUGACGUUUUUGUGCCCUCUGAAGGGUUCAAUUUCAAGCCGCACAAACAUCCUGAACUGCCACCAAAGGGGAAGGAUAUGAAUUACUGCCCGGUGCUCACGCCUCUCCCUUUACUCCUUCCGCCCCCGCCCCCGCCACCAAUCUGGAACCCGAUGAUCCCUGCUUUUGAUCUCUUUCAAGGAAAUCAUGGCUUUGUAGCCCCUGUUGUGACCACAGCCGCACACUGGAGACCAGUCAACUACACGUUCCCACCGCCCAUCAUCUCCCACAACUCUCCAACCAAAGUGUGGCGAGGCAGCGAGGGAGCAAGCGCUUACCAGGUGCAGGAGGCCCCGGUGUCACAGCCUGCGAGGAAGAAGACCACCUCCUUUGUCGGCCUAGUUCUCGUCCUUCUCAGAGGACUGCCAGGCUCGGGGAAAUCCUUUCUGGCAAGGACUUUGCAAGAGGAUAACCCAGGUGGCGUCAUUCUCAGCACUGAUGAUUAUUUUUAUAUAAACGGACAGUACCAGUUUGAUGUAAAGUAUUUAGCAGAAGCCCACGAGUGGAACCAGAAUCGAGCAAAAGAAGCAUUUGAGAAGAAAGUUUCUCCAGUAAUCAUAGAUAAUACAAACCUCCAAGCGUGGGAAAUGAAGCCAUAUGUUGCUUUGUCUCAAAAGCAUAAAUAUAAGGUCCUUUUCCGGGAACCAGACACAUGGUGGAAGUUCAAACCAAAGGAGCUUGCAAGACGUAAUAUUCAUGGAGUAAGCAAAGAGAAAAUAUCAAGAAUGCUCGAGCACUAUCAGCGCUUUGUCUCCGUGCCGAUAAUCAUGAGUUCUUCAGAUCCAGAGAAGACGGAGCGGAUUGAGUUGUGUGCAUAUGCUUCUGAGGAUAGAAAUCCUAGCCCAAGAGACAGUGAAGCUGUUACAUCUGCCAAAGAAGACAGCAUCUCAUCUGCACCUCCGAAGCACGAAGAGAAGACCCUUGAAGUAGCCACACAAGCAGUGUUACCUGUCAGUGAUUCCGUGCUCCCUCAUCCCAGUUUAAACAGAGGAAGAAAGGAGUUGGGUGACGUGAGUCACGGUGGUCAUGGCCACUUCUUUCAGGAAGCCCCGAGUACCUAUUUUCCUAACCCUGAAAGCAAAGUUCAAACCACAGAGAGAAGUGAGAAAGAACAAGAGAUGAUGUCUGAAAAAGAGCAUUCUGAAGCAGAGGCAUGGAGUCCUGCGGACGGAGCAUCAUCAAAUGGUUACUGUGCUGAGGAUAAUCAAGAAGCCUGUGAGUUUGCAAGUGCAGCCACACUUCCAAGUGAAAAGCCCUCACCUCCUGACAUAAUGGAAGAAAGAGCGGCAGGAAAGAAGAAGACCAUUGGAAAACAAAAAAGCAAAUCAUCUUUGGAAAAAGUUUCCAAACACGAGCUGUCAAAUUUUGUUGGUGACUGGCCAGUUGAUAAGACAAUUAGCCAGAGAACCAAAAAGAACCGUAAAACUGAAAAAGGUUUAUCUGUACAAAGUGACAAAAAGUGUAAUCAGCCGCAGUCCAACAAAGUAUCGGAUACUAGGGUAUCUGUGGAUACAGAUCCUACCCAGCACCAAGGCUCUCCACAUGGCAGUGAUGGUCUUCCAGAAGCGGCCAGUAGCUAUCACUAUGAUUCUUACUCAAGUACCGAGCAGACCUCACUCAGCACUGUGAGCGACUGGCCCUCGUCUGCUUCCUUAGCGCAGAGAGAACACAGAUCAAGAAUGCCAAAAGUUGCUCUAAGUGAACCCAAUGUAGAAUUUGGAACUAAUGACAACCUGGGUGAAAUACCCUUAUAUCCAUCACACGAGGCCUACUGGGGGACAAGCCCUGAAGAACUGAAGACGCUGAGUUCCAACUUUCGAAGUUCUGAAAUGCUCCCCAGUAAAACAGCUCAUGAGCAUCGUCAGACGUCCCUGAGUACAAUGGUUCACAGCCAGCACACACUGCCCCUUACCUUUUCCAGCAGUGCAGCAACUCUUCCUGGAGUAGUGGGGCCCCGCUCUCUCACAGAAUUUCCAGUGGGGGUGUCUGGAAUUGUCUCUGGAAUAGAUACAGGCACUUGUACCCAGACUGAGCCCCAAGAUUUUGCUCUCUUGUGGAAAAUAGAAAAGAAUAAAAUCAAUGUUUCAGAUUCUGUCAGAGUGUUGAUAGGAAGAUUAGAUGGGUUUAAGCCAAAAGAUUUCACACUUAAUAGAAAAGUAAAUGUUCAAGAAACAAUUCCGUAUAGAGUAAUGCAUGAUAAAAGUACAUUUGUUGAAGAAAGUGAGCUUACCAGUGCUGAUGAAUCUGAAAAUCUUAACAUCCUUUGCAAACUAUUUGGAUCCUUUUCCUUAGAAGCCCUGAAAGAUUUAUAUGAGAGAUGUAAUAAAGACAUUAUUUGGGCCACAAGCCUCUUGUUGGAUUCUGAGACUAAGCUGUGUGAGGACACUGCGGUUGAGAACUCCCCCAAGUCAUAUAGUGAGUCACAGGUUGGGCCAUUUUCUAUGGGCUUGGACUUGAAGGAAAUUAUUAGCCACAGAGGAACCUCAGAAGGUUCUAAUUCUUCUGUAUCAGAAUUUAGUCCAGGAAUUGGUAUCAGGAACACCAGUGCACAGUCUGCUGGUAACCCAGAAAAGGGGAGCUCAGAGCAGGAAGGAAGAGGAGCUAUAAAUCCUGAAAACCCUGAGUUAAUAACGAGAAUAUUCCCUAAUGUGGCUGUAAACAUAAAGAGUAAUAAUGAAAUAGUGCCUGACCGUCAGGCUGAAUUGUCAGGUGCAUACACCUUUAAGCAGCCUCUUUCUCUUACUCCACGAUCUUAUAUCCCUAAAGAUGUUAGUGAAAUAGAAAAAAAUCUAGUAGUGACAGAGACUAGAGACAAUAUUCAUUCUUUUCUAAAUUUAUCUGAUAUUAUAAACUCUGCAACAAGCACUUCAAAUCCUGAAUUAAAUGAAGAUGUUUAUCUUACUGGCUCUUUUGAAGUAAAGAAAAAUGAAAAUCUUCCUAAGGAUUAUGUGAAAUUUGCAAACAUGGAAGAAUUUAUCAAUGAAGAUAAACAGGAAAUGGAGAAAAAUCUAAUGCCAGGAACUGGUUGGUCAGCAGGAGUUAGUGAAGAGGGUAAAACGGAAGUAUUGACUCCUGAACCAGUGACAGCCAAAUCUCUGACCAUAGACUGUCUGGAGCUGGCAUUACCCCCUGAGCUGGCUUUCCAACUUAACGAGCUAUUUGGCCCAGUUGGUAUUGAUUCAGGGUCUCUAACAGUUGAGGAUUGUGUGGUUCAUAUAGAUCUGAAUCUGGCUAAAGUGAUUCAUGAGAAAUGGAGAGAAUCUGUAAUGGAGCGACAGAGACAGGAGGAGGUUUCUCGAGGCAAGCGCAUGCAAGAUCCUUUGCUGGCUGGACAUACUGUUCUUGAUAAUUCUGAACAAAAAUCAUCUCAGAAAACAGGCAAAAGGUUAUUGAAGACUUUAGCAGCACCCGAGACCCUGGAUCACUGGAACACUCAAACAAAAAAAGUUUCACUUCGAGAAAUAAUGUCAGAAGAAAUUGCCUUACAGGAGAAACAUGACUUGAAAAGGGAGACACUUAUGUUUGAAAAAGACUGUGCCACAAAACUAAAGGAGAAGCAGCUCUUUAAAAUAUUUCCAGCCAUUAAUCAAAAUUUCCUGGUGGACAUUUUCAAAGAUCACAACUAUUCACUGGAAAACACUGUACAGUUUCUAAACUGUGUUCUUGAAGGAGACCCUGUGAAAACAGUUGUAGCUCAAGAGUGUGUUCACCAAAAUGAGAAUAGUACUUCUCAUACUGCACAGAAAUCGAAAGAGAAAAAGGCAAAGAAACUGAAAGAGGCUGAGGAUAGCCCGGGUGACCCAUCUUUCCAGGAUUUUGAGUACCCUGAGUAUGAUGACUACAGGGCAGAAGCUUUCCUGCACCAGCAGAAGAGGAUGGAGUGCUACAGCAAGGCCAAGGAAGCCUACCGCAUGGGGAAGAAGAACGUGGCCACCUUCUAUGCUCAGCAGGGCAGUCUUCAUGAGCAGAAGAUGAAAGAAGCCAAUCACCUUGCUGCUGUGGAGAUCUUUGAGAAAGUCAAUGCCUCUCUGCUGCCACAGAAUGUCUUAGACCUCCACGGGCUGCAUGUGGAUGAAGCUAUAGAACAUCUGACGGCAGUUCUACAACACAAGACAGAAGAAUUUAAGCAGAGUGGCGGUAAGCCCUAUCUGUCGGUGAUUACUGGGCGAGGAAACCACAGCCAGGGAGGAGUUGCUCGAAUCAAGCCAGCUGUCAUUAAAUACCUCACAAGCCACAGCUUCAGGUUCUCUGAAAUUAAACCAGGGUGCUUGAAAGUCAUGCUAAAGUGAAACUUAAAGCCCUGGACUUAGAAGCGUGAGGUUUGUAGGCUGACAUUGGUUUUACUUGUAGUAAUUCAAUCAGUUCUAUUUUCAAAUGUAUUUUAUUAGGAAUGUAAAACAACAAUGAUGUUUUUCAGAAUUCAAGGAAACUUUUUUUUUACUUGAUCAAAUGCCAGUCUAUUACUUGUUGAAACAUUAAAGGGAGUUUUUAUUAUUUACAAAAUGUCUAAAAAAUAACCACCUGCAGUUUAAAAGUCUUAAGUGUGAUAUUGUUGUUAGGAAACCAACCAACCAACCAACACUGCCUUUGCGUUCCGGUUCACAUUUAGACAGUCCUAAAGUUGGCUGUGAGGGCAGCAGGCCUCUUGCCUCUCAAAGAAUUUGUUAAAUAGUGAAGGAGGAGGCUGAGCAGCAAAAACACAAGAGUUUUUCCUGCUUUCAAAGCUUAACGCAGAAUCACUUGAUUUGCUGUUCAUACAGACAGGUGGACACUUGAUUUUUUAUUUCCUCGGUAUCUCUCAUACCUUCUUUUCUGUGCUGGUCUAUGUGUUUUUCUGGGAGGAAAGUUGUGUCUGAGAGUAACUUGUAGUUUCUUAGAUACACUAGGUAGCGAUCAGAGAAGGAGAAGUGGUGCUAGGUGUCUCCUGUGUGUCCUGGACUGUCUGUGCAGUGGCACGGAGCCUAGAUGGCUGCUUUAGACUCAAGACGUCGUUUCUAAGCUACAGGGAGUCAGUCCUACUGACUUAAGUGCAAAAUCAUUUUUGCUAUAACUGUAAAAGAAACCCUUGUAAUUAGAAAGAAUUUUUUACCUUUAUUUUGAAAAGGAGCCAACUUUCUGAAAGAAAAGUCUCAUUGACAUUUUUGAACUAGUGUCCUGUUUGUGUGUAUUUUCUGGUUUCCUUUCUACAGACUUAGUGUGGCAAAGUGUAAUUUUUCUAAAAUGACACAGUAGUUAAAAUAAAUCUAACUUUGGACAUACAGAGUAUUUUCACCAUAUACGGUAUUCACAAACAAUUAUGUUGCAUUUAUGACCUUCAUAAGGAAUGCGGCAGUGCCCUCCCCUGAAAGAUUCUGACAGAGUGAGCUCCCAAAGAGCAUUUUUAAAUGGAAUAAAACUUAGAACCAUGUUUUUAUGUCUUGUGAAUCAUGCUUUUAAAAACGAGCCUUACCAUUGAGUUUUAUUUCCAUAAAAACAAAAAUCUAUGUUUGUUACCUACAAAUAGUUAGUGAUUACUGAUACUCAAGUAUUUCUAUUUUUAGACUUGUAAUAAUUUGUUUUAAAAAUUGCAGUAGUAUAGCAUACCACUUUUGGUAAUGCUUAGAAGUGUUUUAUAUACAUAUAUAUAUUACAAAUAAAGCAGUUCCCUUUUACAACUUAGUACAAAAAACAUAAUCAGUAGUUAAUAAAGUGAGCAUAUUCCUGUGUUCAAGUUAAUAUGAUACAAAACCCGAGAUAAUUUAAAACCUUGAAUUAUUGGAGUGUGUGCAGCUGCAUACUCAUUUUCUGUGUUUUAUAUUUUUUCAUGUUUUAAAAACACAUUUGAAUAUUUCAGACAGAUUUAUAUUAUUACUGUGAUUCUAAUAAAGAGAGCAGUUAGAUGAAGGCCUAGUGUGCUUGUGGCUGGAGGCUCAGACUAGAAGCCCCCAGAAAGCAGAAGCCUGGUAGUGGUUUUUUUAUGAUGGAGUAAACCCAAUGUAGACCUCAGAAUUUCUAUGAAGACCCAGUUGGCCUCAAACUCACAAUCCUCCUGCCUCACCUUCCUAAAUAUUGAGACCUUAGGAGUGUUUUGCCAUGUGUGACUUCAUAUUCUUUAAUUAUUAUCUAUAAAUACACAAAGUUUGGACAUCAUAUAUAUUUAUAGUCCCAAAUUUCCUUCCCCGUCCUCCUAUCUGGUAUCACUGAAGCAGUUACAAUUAUGAAAGAUUAUUUUCUGAACUUCCACUUGCUGAUCUCUAAAUCUUGUGUCCCAGCCAGAAGUAGAGAUGCUUUGGGGAUUAAAGAUUUUUCUUUUGCUCACUUCUGAAUUUUGUAUGUUAAUUUUGUAUGUCAGAGGUAAAGAUGGUUUAGAGAUGAUCCAGGUUAGAAGAGCUCUUUGUAAACCUAGUAUUUUAAAACAUUUUAAAAGUAUAACAUUUCUUCCCCAAAACUUGGAAGAUCUUAGUAGCAGAUAUAUAUAUUUAAAAUCUGUUACUGCUAUCAACCCAGUGAAAACAUAAAAUGGAUAGGAAUCACAUGAUAGCUGGUGUGAGGGCCAGGCCCUCCCGACCAUUUUCAGUCUCUCUGCUAUCCUGAGACAAUUGGAGCAUGUUUUCUGACAUCAGCUGUAAAUAUGCUGGUGUUAUUUUUGAAUUGAAGUUUUUUUCUCUUUGUUAGUAUUUCCAUAUGACUUAUAUACUGUGAUAUUUACGUAUCAUCCAUCUUAUACAGUGGAGACUGUGACAUUGAUGUAUCAUCCAUCUUAUACAGUGGAGACUGUGACUGAAAUGAUAGGGAUUAGAAUACAGUUUGAGAAGAAACAGUUUCCAGUUCUUUGGGGUGGUUUCCUGUCCUUUGUUUUAGUCUUUUUCUUUAUAAAUUCAAGUGUUCUGUUUGCUUUAGAAGGACAUGUUAGUUAGUUAGUUAGUUCUGAGCUGGCAAUUGGAAACUUUUGAAACUCAAGAAAUUGCUCUGACAAUGUUUUAACUGCUC